UGUAUAGAUGGAUGAAUGAUUUUUUUUGCAGAAUUGGAUGAAAGGAUUCAAAAGGCAUUUCUUUCUCUCUACAACCCUCUUUCUCUCUCUUCUCCCCCCCCCCCCGUGGUACAGAUCGGAUAUGAGGAUCUGUCUGAGAAGAGUUUCUGGACAAAGGCCAACGAGGAUCGCUAUGAGAACAACGAGCUCUUUGCCAAACUCACCCUGGCCUUCUCCUCCCAGACCAAGACCUCCAAAGCUAAGAAAGACCAGGAGGGAGAGGAGGAAAAGAAAACAACCCAGAAGAAGAAGGUGAAAGAGUUGAAGGUGUUGGACUCCAAAUCAUCUCAGAACCUCUCCAUCUUCCUGGGCUCGUUCCGUUUGCCCUACGAGGAGAUCAAGAACGUCAUCCUGGAGGUCAACGAGAAGCUGCUCUCUGAGUCCAUGGUGCAGAAUCUUAUCAAGCAGCUGCCUGAACAGGAAACGCUAAAUGUUCUGGGUGAGAUGAAAGACGAGUAUGAAGACCUGGCAGAGGCCGAGCAGUUUGGAGUCGUGAUGUCGACGGUGAAGCGGCUGAAGCCUCGGCUGACGGCCAUCUUGUUCCGGCUGCAGUUUGAGGAGCAGCUGAACAACAUCAAGCCAGACGUGGUGUCCGUGACGGCGGCCUGCGAGGAGCUGAGGAAGAGCGCCACCUUCUCCCAGCUGCUGCAGAUCAUCCUGCUGGUGGGCAACUACAUGAACGCCGGUUCCCGCAACGCCAAGGCCUUCGGAUUCAGCAUCAGCUACCUCUGCAAGCUGCGGGAUACCAAGACGGCUGACCUGAAGCAGACGCUGCUGCACUUCCUGGCUGACGUUUGUCAGGAGCAGUACCCCGACGUCAUGACCUUCCCAGACGAGCUCAUCCACGUGGAGAAGGCCAGCCGAGUGUCGGCUGAGACUCUGCAGAAGAACUUGGAGCAGAUGGGCCGUGCGCUGAAGAGUCUGGACAAAGACCUGGAGACCUUCCCUCCUCCACAGAGUGACAGGGACAUGUUCAUAGAGAAAAUGAAUAGCUUCGUGGGCAGUGCCAGAGAGCAGUACGAGAAGUUGGACAUGAUGCAUAAGAACAUGGAGAAGCAGUACUCUGACCUGGGGGACUACUUUGUGUUCGACCCUCGCAAGAUUUCUGUCGAAGAGUUCUUUGGCGACCUCAACAACUUCAAGAACAUGUUCCAGCAAGCCGUGAAGGAGAAUGCGAAGAGGAGGGAGGCAGAGGAGAAGAUCAAGAGAGCAAAGCUGGCCAGAGAGAAGGCUGACCGGGAGAAGGAGGAGAAACAGAAGAGAAGCCAACAACUGGACCUCAACGAAGAGGGUGAUGAGACUGGUAUCAUGGACGGCCUGUUGGAGGCGCUGCAGUCUGGUGCUGCCUUCAAGAGGAAGAGAGGCCCACGACAAGCUGACUCAGUGCUGUCCCUGUCACAGCUAGUGCUGGAGACCUGCUCGCCAACCGGAGAGCUGGUCAUGCUGUAACGAACAUCCUGGCCAAAGAGUUGAUGAAGGAGGACACCCCGCCCUCCUUCAGCAAACCGCUCAAUAAGAAGACCAAGGCCGAACAGAAGGAGGAGCCUAGCAUAGAGGGGGCGGGGUCACUAGAUGAUCUCUUAGAGGAAAGCCUAUCACGGUCCAGUUAAAAACGGGUUGAAGUUACCCCUUAGCCACAGAUCUUGGAUCAGCCUACCAUAUCCUAACCUUAACCAUGGGGGCAGGGAUACAGAAACUGAUCUUAGAUCAGUGUCUAGCGGCAACUUCCUCCUACUCUCCUUCAUAGGACCACGGGAUUGGACAGACUGGGUCUGAAGGGGCCAAUGGAUGAGUGCGGGGCUCUCACCUUAACCACACCCCCAGGGUUUCGCAGGCUGGCUUGCUAUUAGUCUCUUCCACGCUGAGGGAGGGCUCUUGCUCUGCCGUAUAAACGUACAGUGUCUGGUCAAGCGUCGGCAUCUGCACACAUCCACUGCACUCUGUCUAUCGCUCAUUCAGUCUCUCUUUCUCUAUCAGUCUCUCUCGCGCACACUCUAUCCGUCUACUCUCCUCUCUAAAGUACGUCUCGAGACAAUCCCACAGACACUUUAUCAGGAGGGAUCCUACACCCCCCCCCCCAGAGGGAUAGGAUGGAUUUCCCAAUCCGGAUGGUUGGACUGUCCUACCUAUGUGGAGGCCCUGGUGUUUUAUAGGACAGGCUUUGCUUUUUCCCAGGUUUGCUUUCAAACCUGUUAAAUGUUGCUCUGUAAUUGUCAAAUAUGCUGUAUGUUUGUCUUGCUGUAUGUUUAUAAAAGAAACAAGUGCCAACCAAUACAACUUCAAGUUGCACAUGUCAGCCCUCGUGUUGUCCAAUAGGAGUUUGUGUUGGGUCAGGGUGGACCAAGGGAUAAGUCUAAGUGUGUUUGUGCGCCCGCAUGUUCCACAGUCCUCAUCUCAUUUCCCCGGGUCUUUGCUCUUUAUGUUCUCUCUGAUUCACAGGGAGGAGUCACUAUGUCGGUGAUAAGACUAUAGGCAUCUCUCAAAGGACGUCUCCACAAGCAGGAAAUUGUGUGUGUGUGUGUCCAGAGCUACAUGUGUGUGGUUGUUUGUGCAUCUAUGUUGUGUGCGUGCGUGUGUGAGUUUGUGCUUGGGUAUGCUCUGCCAUCUGUAAUUACUGUGUGGUUCUGCCUGCCUGUCUGCCGUCAUCAUAAAUGCUAUAUUUCCUAAACAGCGCUGUGGUCUUUCUGCUGAAGUUACAGCACACUGGAGACCUGCCCCAAAAAAAUGCUGAGACGAGUGUGUGUCCCCGAAUGUGUGUCCCCGCACGAGUGAGUGAGUGUGUGUGUGUGCGCGCGCUUGCCCCUUUAGACUGCAACACACGUUGCUGAAUGUCUGGCCUUUCUGGUUUUGUAUUUAGUAACCAUCAGCAAAUGUUGCCGCCACAACGUUGGUGUAAUCCAAGGAGAAUGAUAAGCAGUUCUGUCAGUUGACCCAUGCUAUACCAAUCCCUAUGCAAACAUGACAUAUCCCUACUGCUGAUCUCAAGUCAGUCACAAACGGUUAGAACAUCUGCUUGAAUAACUGUGGUUUUCCCGUAAGCGCUGAUCAGAGAUGGGUUUGUUCAGGUCUCUGGACGUGUUGUUAUUAUCAAGAGCUGAGCGGUCGUUUCAUGAUUAUAAUCGUUGCUUCCUGCAGUAUAUUUCCAAGGUAUAAAAAGGACCAACGUUACCGCAGCGUCUGUGUGACUUAACAACUGCAGUCAAGGGGCAACGAGGAAACAUUUUAGCCCUUAGAUUGUAGUUGUUCGCCAGAAACGAGAGUAUGACGUGUCGACCGUAAGACAACGUUCCUUGUCCGGAUGAGUCAUUUCAGGUGAUCCUGUCCCUAUUAUUUAAGUGGUCUUUUUAAGGGACGUUGAGGAAAGGUUGAAAAAACAUCACUGGAAAAUAAUAACAUUUUCUGGCCUGAUUUUAUAAUUUUUUUCUAGAUUUUAUUUAAUUUUUUCAUUUUAUAAGAGCUUGUUUUCUAUGUGAAUUUUUACACUUGUUUUAAUGGACAUUAAAAGUAGAGGUUAAAGUUGGUUUCUGGAGAUAUCACUGUGGUAAUGUGUAUUAAAUGAUCGUGUGUGCUGUCCCCUACCAUUAAAAUGACUUCGAUAACAA